AUUGAAAUUGUCUCCUUCAGAUUUUGGCUUCUUUUUAAUUUCGUCUGUGAUAGACCCUCUCUGGGUGUACUUUUUCACUUUGUUCAUUUGUUUUGGCCUCGAUUGUUUUCAUAAGGCUGCGAACAAGUUUCUUCACAGUGCUCUUGGACGCGAGCGAGCUCUUGGUCGUCAUGAAGAACAUCAAGCCAACGUCGACGCUGGCGCGUCUGUUUCGUCGGGAAAUCGGUAGCGAGUCGCUGACGGCUGCGGCCCCGAGCCCGGUCGCGGCGACCACGACGACGACCUCGGAAUUCCAAAGUGCCAAACCCUACGAGGAGAUACCCGGCCCGAAGCCGAUACCGAUCCUCGGCAAUACGUGGCGCGUCAUGCCGGUCAUCGGCCAGUACACAGUCUCGGACACGGCUCGGAUCUCGCAGCUAUUUUAUCAGCACUACGGCAAGAUCACCAGGUUGACCGGCCUGAUCGGUAGGCCGGAUCUGCUCUUCGUUUACGACGCCGACGAGAUCGAGCGAGUUUAUCGGCAAGAGGGUCCGACCCCCUUCAGACCGUCGAUGCCCUGCCUGGUCAAGUACAAGAGCGAAGUGAGAAAGGACUUUUUUGGCGCUCUGCCCGGAGUCGUUGGAGUACACGGCGAGCAGUGGCGCGAAUUUCGCACGCGAGUACAAAAACCGGUUCUGCAACCGCAAACUGUCAAAAAGUACAUAACGCCCAUCGAACUGGUGACCAAUGAUUUCAUCAGCAGAAUCGAAAACAUCAAGGACCACAACGAUGAAGUGCCGGCCGAUUUUGACAAUGAAAUUCACAAGUGGGCACUUGAGUGUAUUGGUCGAGUCGCUCUGGACGUGAGAUUGGGCUGUUUGCAACAAGGCGAAGCUGGCCAACUAUCUCCAGACUCGGAACCUCAGAAGAUCAUCGACGCCGCCAAGUACGCCCUGAGAAACGUCGCGACGUUGGAAUUGAAAGCACCGUACUGGCGUUACAUACCCACACCUCUUUGGACCCGCUACGUCCGAAAUAUGGAUUAUUUCGUCGAGAUCUGCAUGAAGCACAUAGACGCGGCGAUCGAAAGACUCAAAGAGAAGAAAAACAACAAUGCACAGGUGCACGAGAGCGAGCUUUCCCUGGUCGAGCGUAUUUUGGCCAAGGAAACCGAUCCCAAGAUGGCUUACAUUCUUGCUCUCGAUCUUAUACUCGUUGGAAUCGAUACGAUAUCGAUGGCUGUGUGUUCGAUAAUGUAUCAACUCGCCACGAGACCAGAAGAGCAAGAAAAAAUUUAUCAAGAAAUCGCGAGAAUAGCCCCAGACACGAGCAAACCCCUGAGCCCGAGCGAUCUCGAUCGAGCGCACUACAUGAAGGCUUUCAUCAAGGAGGUGUUUAGAAUGUACUCGACUGUCAUCGGUAACGGCCGGACUUUGCAAAACGACAUGGUGAUUUGCGGAUAUCACGUGCCAAAAGGCGUCCAGGUCGUAUUUCCGACCUUGGUCACAGGAUGCAUGGAGGAGUACGUCGAGGACGCGGCCACCUUCAAACCGUCCAGAUGGCUCAAGGAGUCCUCCGGUCAGAAGCUGCAUCCCUUCGCGUCUCUGCCUUACGGCUACGGCGCUAGGAUGUGCCUCGGUCGCCGAUUUGCCGAUCUCGAGAUGCAGGUCUUAUUGAUGAAGUUGAUUCGCAAAUACAAGAUUGAAUACAAUUACGAGCCACUCAAGUACAAAGUGACAUUCAUGUACGCGCCCGAUGGUCAGCUCAAAUUCAACAUGAUCAACAGAAAUAACUUGAACCAAAGUCCGAGCAUAGCGAAUGAUUAAUUUCCUCUACUUUUUUCUUUUACUUUAAUGAUAAAAUAUUUGUAAUUGUUGAACUGAUUGAUAUUUUGUAUUAUACACAUUCAAACCGUUAUAUCAUAGUUGUGCAAUGUAUAGUUAAACCGCAAUUUUAGCAAUUCUUUAUGAAUAUAUUAUAUAUUAAGUUAUUUC